AUGGGCGCCGCGUGCGUUCACCAAGCGCCGGAGCCGGAGAAGGACGAUGCCUUGGCUUUGACAGAGGAGCCUGGGAGCGACGUGGCAGAUUUGACCCCCCUUAGCGGCGAGUCUGAGGAGACUUCACAAGAGCUCUCGGCAUCGCCAAGCGUGUCGAAGCCAAACCACGCCUUCGGCGAUGCCGACAAUGUUUUGGGCCUGAUCAAGAAUAGGAAGGGCAGCGAAAAGGAGAUGGACAUCCCAGAGAUCUUACGGGACAUUGCACGAACCCUGAAGGCGGAGGACAUGUCCACAGCAAAGGACAUCUCUAAACCGACAGCGAAGGUGCUUUACAAGGCCAAGACCAAGCCGGCGCGGGACUGCGUGGAGAUCUCUCUCCGGAGCGAGGAGCAAGUUCCCUACAUUCCGCUUCUGGAGAUGAAGGAGGAACGGAUCCAGUCUGGCAUCAUCCCCACCAUCUGGGCGGUGCCGCACUGGCCGCUCUGGUUCCCUUUCUGCGAGUCCAAUACCGAAGUCAAGCGCUUUUCCCCGAGCUGCUGGAUCAUGCACGUCAAGCUCAAGGUUCUGUUCUUUUGCGUGGACUUCUUGCUCUUUGCGAGUGUCGACGACCUCCUGGAAUCCGAGGGGCGAAUCACGGUCAGCAUGCGGUCGCCGCCCCCCGGUUCCGAGGGCGAGCAGUGGAUGGGCGUCACUGUGCCGCCGAGACUGGGUGCCCUUCCGCGAGUUUGCCUGCACAACGCGUUUCUGGACUGCAAGCCAACCGGCCACGGCAAGUUCGACGUGAAUCUACGUCUGGAGCUGGAAGACCCCGCGGGGGCUCCUCAAUGGGUCAAGACCUUCGUGUUCCAGCAGAUGGCGAUCAGGAUUCUGCCCGAUCUUUGCAAGUUCCAGGGCAAGAUCCCAGGCUCGGCGCUGGAUCACUUCCUCAACAACAAGAACUGCAGCCCGGAGGUGGCUGCAGGAGUGCAAUACAUCAAAGACCUGGGCGCCUCCCUGGAUGCGUACAACGCACCGGCGGAGGCUCGGCGGCUUCCCGAUCCGAAGGAUGCGAAGUGCAGCCUCUGA